GAAAAAUCGAAUAUCAAUACACAAUAUUGAAAACAAACAAUUAUUGUCAUUCUCAUUCAUCAGAUUCAGCAUUACGCAUCAAUGAUUACGCACAUUAUGAUCUAAUUGAAUAAAUAUAAUUAACCUGUAACGAUCAAUAAUCCAAUCUUAAUUUUCUAGUCAGUUAAAAGUGUACAGUCUAAAGGUUUACUUUAUUAUAAACUUCUUAAUGUACUUAAUAUUAUUCAUUUAUUUUUAUUAAAUAUUAUUUCUUUCGGCAUUUCUGCUCAAUACAAUGAGUUUAAAAAUAUUCAGUAACAUCCUAUUUUCUCCAAAAUCUUUGUAAGUACAUUUACAAUGAAUACCUACCUAAUAUUAAGUACCUAGGUAUAAUUAAUUUAAUUUCUGUAUCUUCUGCAAUUCAGUAUCAUUAUACUAUUAUAGUGUUAUAAUUAUACAAUUAUUAAGUAGGUACUUGAGGUGUAUUUUUUGUAAUAUUUUCUAUUUUAAUACAGCGCAGAAUAUUAAACACAAAUAAGUAGGACACUUACUUUGGUCAUAUUAUUGUGCUUUGUGUGACUAUUGCAAUUUAACGUCGAAGAUUUUUCGACAAAAUUGAGGUAGGUAGUGUUAUAAAAAAAAAAUGUUUCAUGUGCAUAGUAGGUACCUAAUACUUUUUUUUUUUUGACACUAGAAAAACAAUAACAAUUUUCGGAAUAUUACUAUUUGUUAUUUGUAGAAAAAGCAAGUGUUUAUUACUUAUUUAUAAAAUAUACGUAUUACAUAGAUAGCCUACCUAUAGACACCAUAGACACCUACCUAGAUAAGUUACUUAAAUACCCAAGUUCGUAUAAUAAGCCUUACGUAGAUACCUAAUUGAUGACAUGGAUAUUUUUUAUUAUCUAUUUUAUAAAUCAACUUUCAUUUUUUUUUUUUUAAAUUGUGUGUUAGCCAUAGUAGGUAUUGGUGGUUUGCACGAUACGCAUCACAGGUUUGACGAGGAAGGGAUAGAAUUUGCCCGCUGAUCUUUGUUAACUCCUCAAAUGUUUUGAGCACUUCGACGAAUUCUAUCACGAUAUAAUGACGUAUUUGCUGCAAUACUUUUACCUACCUCAGUAGCAGAGCCAGCCUGAAAGCGGUGCAAACUGUGCACUUACACAUGGCUCCGCGCUUUUAAGAGACCCCGCGUUUAGUCGCAAUCGUAGCUAAAUUACACAUAGAUAUUUCACAAAUUAGUUAGGAAAAUACGAAUUAAAAUUAACAGACUAAGAAUUAUUGUACUGUAAAGAUUCACCUACGCAUAUAGUAUAAGAAGGUGAAAAAGUGAAAAAAAAAAAUAAACUUAUUGAGGCCCCGCAAAAUGGACUGCGCAGAGCCUCGAUAUUUUCUAAGCCGGUCCUGCUCAGUAGUACCGUAAAUCCCCGUGGACACAUGACUGCCAAACAGUGAACAGGAUACUGCCCGAAUAAUCCCUGACCAGUUACUUGGUAGAUUCCUCCUAAACAGAACACUGCGUGGCUACGCAAGUGUUCUGAUAAGUUAACGAAUUGGACUUGCCUGAUAGAGUACUUUUUUACGACUUGAACCAUCAUCAGUGGAGGAUCUGAACAUUACUAUCCUAUUGCUGUCGUCGUUUAUUGGAAAAUAAAAUCGAAUACAUAUAGUGUGAGGGUACGCAUUCUAAUCCCCCAGUUCAUCCCCUUACGAUGAUAAAUACAUCCUAGAAGCCCAUGCUGAUAAUAGGUUCUCUGCGGCCCGAUUUAUGGACCCUGACGAUCUUGGGUCCCAUAUAAAAUUAGGUAGAGUCCUGGUAGAUCGAGGUAGCGAAGGGACCAAAUUUUCGGGGGACGUUUGUUUAUUACUUUUUGUCACAAAUGUAAAUGCGUUUAUCUAGAAAAUAAUAAACAAUGCCUUUGAAAAGUAUCGUCACAUGUUUUCACUAUUAUUUUAUUUAUUUAUCAACGAUAUCGGCUAGUCUUCGUUAAUGCAAUUUUUUAUUAUUAUACUUUACACACUAAUUUAUAUUUUAGACGGUAAAGUUAAUAAAGUAAUUUUUUAUUUAUCUGUGCGCAACUUUUUUACGUGUAGCACCUUUUCUGAAAGGAAAUCGGUGUGGGAAGGUACUUUAGGGAGGUAAUUUUUUGAUUUUCUCAGGAGUUUUCACAUUUUCCCAGAAAAUGUGAAAAACUGGGAUAAAACACGGGACAACCUGGAAAAACGUAGAAAAAUUGAAAAAAUCGGUACAACAUUAAACAAAUGUUAUUAAAGGAAAUAUAUAAAGCCUGUUUAAUUAUUUUUUUUAUUAUAAAAUGACAUAUUUAUUGUUGACAAAGCAUUACUACUAACUGAAUUCCGCUCAGAAUCGUUUUUUCGUAAGCAAUAGUUAAUCGUUGCUUACAGUUAUACAUUAAAUUCCCGUCUAUAUCCUACCUUCCCAACUUCCCACCUACAUCAUUGGCUGCACCCGUCCCCAUUAUCUUACCUUUUUUUUCGUAUGUUGUUAUAUAAAACAUAUAAAGCUGUGUUACCACUGAUAACAAUAGUUAAUGAACUUAAUAUGGAAUCUUUAUAAUUUAGAAAGCAAUACUGUGCUGUGCGAUGAUUAUAUAAUAUAAUUUGUUAAAUUCUAAAAUAAAUUUCCCUAAAAUUUUAUCCUCAAUCCGUUUUAAUAUUCCUAAUUUCAUGCUUCAUUCCACAUAACAAUACAUAAGAAUAACAUUUAUUUUUUCUCACCUGUUACUUCCUACCUAGGUUAAAAAAUUGAGUGUUAAAUAUUAGUUAUGAAUAACUAUUAAUUUCUUUAUAUAUCACUUAAUAUUAACCUUAUAUAUUUGUAUCCACGUACUGUCAUACUAUGUUAAUUUAAUUUAUUCUAUAUCUAUUAUCUAAUAAUAAUCUAUAUAUUAUAUAUAACCACAACCUUUAAUAUCAUAUGUAUAAAUGUAUUACAUAUUUUAUUUAUUAUAGUGGUAUCUAUUUACAUACUUAAUUACUCAACUUAAUCACUUAAUUUAUAUCUGUAUUCCAUGUCUUAAAGCCUUUAUAAGUUAAUAAGUAAAUAAAUAAAAUUUAAAAAAAAUGAAUUCACUUUCUUCCUACUCAGAUAUGACCUAGCUAAGUAUAAUCUAAAUUGGAUUUCAAAUUUCUCGUGGAAUUCUUGGAAAGAUAACCAACAUAGCAUAAUAUAUAUAAUGCCCAGCUAAAAAGGCAACCAACAAGAUAUCCUUACACAUAAUGUUGCGUUAUAUUAUAUUUUGUUGGUUGCCUUUCUAGGAGUUCCACGGGGAAUUUGAGUUCCAACUUACAAUACUACUUGCAAAGCUAUAUCUGAAGAGAGGGGAUCUAUUUUUUUUUUAAAAGUAUUGUUUGUUAUGGGGGACUAUAUUUUGUUGGAAAAUAUUUGCUCGGAACCGUAUUAUUUUGGAAAAUAAUUUGUCGGAAACGUAUUCUAAUAGAAAUAUACAAGUAUUUGUUCGGAAACGAAAAUACGCAUUAUAUUAAUUAUGUGCAAUGUGCAUAGUGCAUACCACAUAUGCACACGUGGAUAGAAAUUCUUACAUCAUCACCCACGCAAAGUUUAUCUUGUUUGUCCCACCAUAUUUUCUGGGGUUUGCCUUCCAUGAUAGGUGCAACUAGCUAAUGCUCAAAUAUUUGAGAUGCUAAAUGCCUCUAUUUUUUUUAACAAAAAAAACAAAUCUCUUCGUUAUACAUAUUAUGAUAUUACAAACAUUACUCGAAUUAGUGGAAAAUGACUCAAUUACUUUCUGCUAUUUUAUAUUUUGAGUGUAGCGAGGGAUGUAUUGGUUUUACUAUGAUGUAUGUUUUUUGUUUGUGCUUGUGAACAAUUAUUCUAGCAGAAAAAUUGCUUCGAUGCAUCAAGUGUAGCACUUUUUCUAAAAGGAAAUUUUAAGUAGUUAGUGCAUUAAAGAAGUUAUUUUUUGAUUUUCCUGGUAAUUUUCAUAAUAAUUGCAUAAAAAUCAGUCUAUUAAGACUGAAGGAUGGUGGAUACGUCUCUUUUUGCAAAAAAAUAUAUUUAUUAUUUAAUAUUUUCAAAGAAUGUGUAUGAUCAACUCAAAUUAAUUAUAUAUAUAUUUCUUUUGUGAAAUUCAAUACAUUUAUCGUUCAGAAAAUUAUUAUUUUUUCUGUAUUGAGCUUUUGUCCAAUGUAAUUAGAGUAAUAAAGUAAGUAAUUUAAUCAAAAUCAAAUGUUUGUACAAAAUAUAUAAAAAUAGAACAUAAAUGUAUCGUUUAUUAUCUAUGUAGAUCGUAGGUACUUAUAAAAGUGCAAACAAUUGAAUAACAAUAUAUAACACUGAAAACAAACAUUUGUCGUAAUUUUCAUUUAUUACGUUCAGCAUAACGCUUCAAUUACUAUAUGUGCACAAUAAGCUAUAAUUGAAUAUAUAUAGCGAACAUAAAUGGAACGAAAAACCAUGUAUGAUUAAACCUUAAUUUUCUAUUCAGUUAAAUUAUGAGUCAGUAACCUAAAUAAAGGUCUAAGUAAAGGAUCUAUAGGUUUACUACCUACUUUAUGUAGGUACCUAUACUUAAUAUUAUUUACUUAUUUUGAUUAAUCAUAAUUUCUUUGGGCAUUUCUACUCAAUACGAUAAGCCUAGAUUAUUUAGUAGGUAGUAUCAUAAUUUCUCUAAAGUCGCUAUGAGUACCUAUACAAUGUUUCUAAUGAAGUAAAAAUGUAUUUAAUUACUAUACUUAAUAAGUUACAUUCGCCGUAAUAUCUUCUUUUUAAUAAAGUUCUGAGUAAAAAAAAAAAAUAUUUAUAGGUUUAGGUACCCUAUAACAAUAUCGAAAAUUCUAAGUAGGUUCAUGUUUGAUUUCCAGCUUGUUUCUGAAGUCUGUAGGAACUUCAUGGAGGUGAAUCACCGAGUAUAAGUAUUAAGUAUAUUCAAAUGAGGCUGUUUCAUUUCGUGAUAUUCGAAACUGUCACUAAGAAUUAUGUAUAGGUAAAAAAAUAAUGUUUAAAUGUCAAUGGUUCAGUAAUGAUCAGUAUCUGACAUAGUGUCUCAGUAGGGUGAACGCGUAGGGUUUCAAGUAGAUAGAAAAUAGGUAGAUCAGAGUUCAAAUCCCACAAAUGGUCAAAAAAGUCACUGUCUUUUGUUCUUCAUUUUUUAUGUUUUUUCACCAGCAUGAAAGUCUUAGGGAUUUCCUUAUUGUGGCAGAUCCAGGAGUGGAUAUUUGGAUUUUGUGGGGAAGGUUCCGGGAAACCUGAUCUUAAAAUGGGGUACUUUGGCCAAAUUACUCGUACGUUUAAAGUGUCUAUUGUUGUUUACGGCCGAAGAUUUUAGAUAAAAUUCCGAUAGGUAGGCAAAACAAAAACAAAUUUGAAGUAACUAAUUUUAGAGACCUGAAAAUUUUCACCAAAUACUUAUGAUAGCAUUUUAAGUGUUUUGAGCGAGACUACUCCAUUUUUUUUAAAAAUUCUGUUAAAAUUAUCUAAUAAAGAAAAAAAAAAAGAGUAUAUUUUGUUCGGGAAUAAUACAAUUUCAAUAGCCCAGAAGUAUUUGGAGCUUUCUGAUUUUUCCGUCGAAGAACAAGAUAAAAUUACAAAACGUAAUAUGUUACAUAUUAUGUGAGACAGGCCUAAUGUUUACCUAAAUUAUUUAUUUGCGUAUUAUUAGGUUGUGGCACUGGUAUUCACGAGUCACAGUGUUUGUAGACUGAAUUUUUAAUUCGUCAUAUUAUAAUAUAUUUCUGAGAAGAGUACUGAAUAAUAGAUAAGGACUUAAUAUGAACAAAUAAAAAAAAUUAUUGAUCUACAUGCAUAAUACUAUGUUGUAUUAUAACAAAUCACAAAAAAUGUACGUCCGGAAUUUAACACGCAUGUUAAACAAACGUACAAACGUGUGUUAUCUACUGAUUGGCACCUCGGCCCAGUCCAGAAUACAUGUAUUUUUAUUAAACCUGGGACCACGAUCAAUCAAGUUUUAUAUAUGUUAUAUUUGUAAUUUGGAGGUCAAAAUUAAUUUUAAAAACAACUUGUUAUUUGCUUUAACGUCUAACAUUGACAGUUGUUCGAAUACAUAGUUUAAUAUCAUUUCAAUCCAAAGGACAUCAAUGUCAGAUUUAAAAUUGGUGUGUACAUAAACGACUUCAUACCAACAUUAUCAAAAUCUCAAACUGGUUCUUUAUAUCAACUAUUUUAUAAUAGGUAUGACGAAAAUUGGAAACCGCAGUGCUUUAUAGAAGUAGUCUUUUAUUUUGAUUUAUUGUAUUCCAUAUUAGAAAAAGUUUAUUCGUUCGAAUAGAUUGUGGCAUAUAAGUGUACUAAUAAAUUCAAUUGCAAUUUUUUUAAAUUUGGUUUUUGUGUAAUUUUCUAUUUUUUAAAAUUAAGGUUUCUUUCGAUAUUUUUUGUUUCCGAGACACUGAUAUAAUCUCAAUAAAUGUCGUUCAAAAAAGAGGAAUCUAUUAAUAGAGAUAUCUUUUAAAUACAUAUAAUUUUUCAUUACCCCUCCAAGAAAAAUGUUGAAAAUCCGCUACUGAUUUAAACUAUUGAUACCUAACCUACGAAUUUUUUACGUGUAAUUCACUAUUAUUUUACGUUCAGUGCCGUAUGGAUAGGAAUUUAAUAUAGAUCAGAGUAAUAUUAUAAAAAAUAAAAGGAGUCAAUAAAAAAAAAAAAGUUCAUUGUUUUUAAUAGGAAAAUUAAUAAAAAUCUAUAAUAUUUUUCAAUAAUUUCAAGGUAAUUCCGUAUAGACAGAACAUUACAUGCAGAUGACACUUCUAAGCUAAGAGAAUUUGCGGCACAAUGAACGUACAUAUUUAGGAUAUUGCUACCUAAGAUAUUUCUUUAGGAUGUUUAGAUUGUAUUAUUGUUUAUUGAUUUAUUUACAAACAAGGUUACCUACAUUUCAAAAAUCACAACAUCUACAAUAAUUACAAAUAUUCUUAUUUUAUUUAUGGUUAAUAACCAUUUAUUAUUAUCUUAAUUCAUUAUGCCAAUUACUAUUUAGUACCUUUAACAUUAUUAUUAAUAAAUUAAAAAAUGAUUUUAAAAUAACUAUGUUGAAAUGUUUGUAAAGACGUUUGUACAUUCCAUGUUGUAAAAGGGGCAAUGAAUCACCUAAACCGACUCCCAAGGGCGUCCUUAUGGGGAGGGGGAAGAGGGAAGAAAUGAGCCAUUGGUCCAGUAGUAGAUGUAUAAUCAAUAUAUUACUUGCCAUAGGUAAUUUUUUUUCUUAUUAAUCGUUUAUACUAAAUUUAACUAUUUCCCAUAGCCGUGGUCUGGAGACGCCCAUGGCCAACCCGUGUCUACAGCCCUAAUUACGUAUGUGCCAAUGUGGUCACACGAACUAAAUGCCCACGUUUAUUAUACGUAUGGUAUUUACAGGGUAGUGGGUACAGUAUUUUACCAAUGGAUAACAGCAAUUAUAUGUAAUUUUUGCUGAUUCCGGCAUCCUGGUUGUCGAAAAUUUAGGGCAUUCAGUAAUUAAGCAGUUGAAAUAAACAAUAUCGCGAAACAAGUACCUAACUAGGUUGUAUUGCCAAAAAACAUGUCUAUAUCACUUGUAUAGUCGUAUUAUUGGCAAACGGUAAUGUUAAUAAAUAAUAACUUAAUUGAACAAAUUUGAUAAGGCGAUUAUAUUUUAAUUCUUUGUUAAACAUAUAUUUUAUUGUUAUUUCCUGCCUAAUAAAUUAUGGUCGGUGAUAAUAAUUGCUAUUAUUUUUUAUUACACAAAUUUCAUUGCGGUUAAUUGGUAGGUACCUAAUCAAUGUGUAGAUUAUACAGUGUUUAAUAUACAGAGAAACAAUCAUUUAGGUAAUAAAUUUUGUACCUGUUUAUACCGAUAAAAGUAUUGUUUAAACAAUAAAUUAAUAAUUGUUAACCAAUUAGUUAGGUAUUUAUGGAUAGUAAAUAUUAUUAACACCUAUAAUAAUAAUAAUAAUAAUAAAAUUAAUUAAUUAAUUCGAUAUAAAUAUUGGAAAAACUAGAUUUUAUAGCAUAAUGUGGCGUUUUCCCAAAAUGAUUUUUAAUUUUUUUUUUUUCAAAAUAACUCAAUAUAAAUCAUUCCUAUGUAAUAUAUUAAUGUAUCUGUCUUCGCAUAUUUAAUAGUUUCUUUUUCUCGUCAAAUGCGGAUACCUACUAUUUAUUGCGUCAUUUUAUCGGGGUCGCAGGUUUUCCAAUUAUAUUACAUUUAAAAAUUAAUUUUUUCCAUUUUAUAAUCUUUUUAUUGAUUGGACUUCCAUUUAUCCACUGCACGUAAUCUAUUUAAGCGGAAGGUGUACGGUCGUUUUUACGGAUGAAUAUAACUUUUUAGAUUAAUAACUGUUGGUGAGGAACUAAACAUAUACGUCCCAAUGUUCGAUUUAAAUUGUUAAAGUAUUUAUGGAUUUAUUGAGAAAUUGUCGAGGUUUUAAGAAAAUCGAUUUUCGAUUAAAAAUUUGGUAUGCCUAAAAUAAAUACAAAUGGAAUUCGGAAUGUUCAUAAAUAAUAUCAUAGGUAGUUUUAGGCGUCUCCAAAACUGAAAAUUAAAAAUCGACUUCCUAAAGUCUCGAUUACACAGAGCGAAUUUACUCGUUGUUACCUACUUAACUCGCGCUGACGGUCGGGCUAUUUUCGUCGUUACUCGCUAGCUAUUUUACACUCCACCUAGUAAAAUCGCUUUGUGUAAUUCACAUGGCUAUCAAAAUAACUAGUGUGCUUGCAACUAUAGUUGUGGUUGCAAGAUUUUGGAGGCUGUAGUUCACGCAAUCGGACAGGCGGUACACGCUCAAUUGUCGCGCGCGACUUUGGUCGACGAGUAAACUCGCCCUGUGUAAUUGAGGAAUUUGUCAAUAAAAUGCAUACACACCUAUUUUAAACAUUUAAAUCGGACAUCGGAAAGUAAUCUUAAUUUUAAGUCUCUAAUUUACAUUGCUUAUUGGUCUAAAUCAUUAUAUGAAAACAUUAAAACAAGUUGCCUACGCUCCGAACCUUAAUAAGCCUGCGCACGAUCUGUUUUUUUGUUCAAAAAAUGUUUUACAGGUAAAACUUUCAUACCCCGUAGAAUGUUCUGAUUUUGAUAAUUUUUGUGCUGUUGGAAAAAGAUAAUAUUAUAUACCCAGGUAUAUAAUAUAAUAUUUGUAAAAUUUUAAGAUUAACAAAAUCUUCACAAUGUGGAAUAUAUGAGCAGCUAUUGUACAGAAGUCGAAUGAAUGAUGCACGGAAACCUCCAAUUGAUAUUGAUAAUUUACAAACCAUGCAAGAUAGUAAUUAUAAUAAUUCUAUUUUUCAUAAUACUACCUAACUUAACUAAUUAUACACAAUUGUCGUAUAGUUAAACUAAAAUUAUUUAAUAUAAUGGGUAUAACUGGAAAGUAUGAAAAUGAAGAUAGAAGUUGGUUGUCAAAAUAUUUACCAACAACGCAAAGUGAACUACCUCCUCGCUCUAUGAAUGUAAGUGUUAAUACCUAUUUUGUUUAUUUUUCAUUAAAAAAAUCUGAAGAAAAUUAUAAUUUUUUUUAACAAAUAGUUGUAAAAUAUUUAUCUUCAAAAAUUAUAUAGGAUAGUUAUGAUAGAGCAAUAGUUCCUCUGAGUACUGACUUAACAUUACAAAAUAAGUACACAACCACACACAAGGGUUUACGAAUGGGGCGUCUUCUAGAAGAUAUGGAUCAUUUUGCCGGUAAACUGAAAUGAAUAAAUAGUUUUUAUUAUCAGUUAUGUACCUAAUAUUUUUAAUUUUUUUUUAAGUUUGGAUUGUUAUGAAGCAUAUUUAUAACCCAAAACAGCCGGUUGAUAUUCCAACACCAUAUGUUGUUGUAACAUUAUUGGUAGACGAUGUAAUCAUCAAUCCAAUUAGAUUUGUAAGUUGACUUAAUUAGUUUGAAUAAAAAAAAAAAUAGAUAUAUACAAAUAUUUUUAUUUUAGCCCGAUAAAGAUUUAAUUCUCAGUGGUCAAGUAACACAUGCUGGCAAAACUUCAUUAGAGGUGACUUUAUGGUUGGACCAAAUAAAUGGCGAUAAAUAUGAGCGCAUUACUAGAGCUCAUUUUGUAUUUGUGGCUCGAGAUCCUACUAAUACAUCAUCAGUCAUUGUUAAUACUUUGGUACCAUCAGGAGAGAGAGAAGAACAAAUAUUAUUUCGCUCCGCAAGUAAAUACUAGAUAACAUAAUUUAGAAUUUAACAAAUACAUUUAAUGUUGUAUGAAAAAAUUUAAAAAAUGUAUACAGAAAAAAAUGAGGAUAGAAAAAGAGCACGCCAAAAUUCUAUAUUAAAUAGAAUGCCAACCUCAGAAGAACAAUCAUUGAUAUAUGAAACAUUUAUGAAAACUGUUGAUCAAAAUGAACCAAUAAUUGGUAAUAAAGUGUUGCCAAUCAAUAGUGUGUGGAUGGAUGAUACUAAAAUUGAAACUAACAUUCUUUGCCAUCCUGAAGUAUUUUUUAUGAAUACCAUAAUAUAGUUUUGUAAUAAUUUAAAAUAAUUUUUAUAUAAAUAUAUAUAUGUAAAUUUUUUUAGGACCGAAAUUUACAUUACACGGUUUUCGGGGGUUAUUUGAUGCGUGUAGCUACUGAGCUUGCAUUUCUAGUGGCAAGCAUACACAGUAAAACAAGAGUGGUGUCACAAGCAAUUAAUAGUAUUACUUUUCGCAAACCAGUUCCAAUUGGUAGCAGAUUGAAAUUAAUCGGAAAGGUAAAUUUGAAAUUAUUUAUAAAUGUGAGUUAUCUUGACAUUUAUUAGUGUUUAAUUUGUUAGAUUUGUUAUACAAGUGGUAGAAUAAUGAUAGUUGAAGUUAUUGCUAAAGUUGAAGAAAUUGAAAGUAAAAAAAGUUUGACUUCAAAUUCAUUUUAUCAUGUAUUUGUUGCACCAAAAGAUGUUGACGCAGUGUUACCUCAAGGCUAUCACGGUAAAAAUAAUGAAUUUCAAAAUUAUAUAUAUAUAUAUAUAUAACUAAUUUAAAAAACUUAUUUUUAGAUUCAAUGCUUUAUAUUGACGGACGUAGACGAUACUGUGAAUUUGUUAACCAUUUGACGCCAGAAGAUAACUAACCCAACUAUUUUAAUUUUAAAAACUUAACUUACUUUUAAUACUUUAUUUACUAAUAGUAUUGUUUUUAGUAUUUUUUUUUUUUACUGUUUAUAAAAUAAAUGUUUUUCUAUUAUUGGUACCAGUAAAUUAACUGGUAUAAUAAAAUUUGGCUGUCAUUACUAAUAACAUAGAAUUAAUCAUUAUUGAUUUUAUAAUAAGAUUUUUUUUACCAAAUUAUAGUUUAGCUUGUAACAAUUUUAUAUUUUUAAAAUAUCAUAAUGUUGCAUUAAUUAUUUAUAUUAACUUAAGUAUAAAUAUUAUAACAAUUAUUAUUAUAAUUAUAUAAUUGUAAUGCUAUGGAAUGAUUAAAAUUACACAAUAUUAAACAUCCAAAUCCUAGAAACUGAGGAUGUAAAUGUGUUUUUUUUUUCAAGAUUCAAUAAAAAUCAAUUAAUACAUUAUAGUUUUCAUAGUUUCCAAUAAUUUAAUAAUUAUCAUCAUCACUAGAUGAUAUAUCUGAACAAUGGCCUAAUUGAUCUAACCACCAUUCAUGUACUUCCUUCACUGCAUUUGAAACUUUUGGGAUAUUAGUUCUCUGAUCUCUUGAAGUAGAUGAUACAUUAAGAUUGGACAUAUUUAAUGGUUUUAUAUUCCUGUAGGAUGCUUUACGAGUUUUUUCUUUAUCUGAUGGGUCUGACAAAGUUGGUGUCAAAAAUUUACGCCCUGAUGCGCUACCAAUACUAUCAGAACGUGUAAUUCCUGUAGUUGACUUUAACUUUGGCCGAUUUAUAUCGGACUGAAAUUAAACAAUGAAACAUUUAAUAUUUAAAACCUUGCAAUGGUUAAACAAAUGAUAAUAUACUUUAAUAUCUUUUUCUUCAUUUUCUUUUUCAUUGUUAGCAGCUUGUUUUUCUUCAAAAUCUCUGAGCAUCAUUUCAUUAGUAGCGCGAAGACCGGCUAAUAAACUACCUUGUUGUCUCUGUAAAAAAAUUAACCUCAAUAACAUAUACUAUUAUAAGUAAUAUUUAAAUUUACAUUAGCUGCUCUCAUUUUUCGUAAACAUCCCUCGAGCCAAUUACGUAUAGUUUGUUUGGCAACUUCUUCUUGAAUAUUUACUUCAAAAUCUUCACGAGCUACUAAUUCUUCAAGUUGUAGAGCUUUUGUUAUAUCAACUGUGCGGUAAGAUAACAUACUAAAUGA